AUGCCUGUCUGGCUGAACGUCGCCGAGAAGCCAAGCGUGGCGAAGGAGGUGGCGUUCGUACUCUCCAAUGGCUCCUGUAGAAGUGUGAAGACUCUUUCCCGCUUUAACCCAGUCUUUGAGUUUGAGUUUGAGGGGAAAGAGAUGCUUUUCACCUCCGUUGCUGGACAUUUGAUGAAUGACGAGUUCCCACCACAGACAAAGAAUUGGUCAGGCUACCCGCUUCUUGGGCUCUUUACAGCAAACAUAACAAAACAUGUGAAACCGGAACUAGAACCAAUAAAGAAAAAUUUAGAAUCACUUGGUAGACGUGCUACAACUCUCCUUCUAUGGAUGGAUUGCGAUCGUGAAGGAGAAAAUAUUUGUUUUGAAGUAAUGCGUAUCGUUCAGGGAGUUAAUAACAGAAUUGCUAUUUCUCGGGCACAUUUUUCUGCGUUAACAAAGCGAGAUUUAUUUGGGGCUAUGCGAAACCUCAAGGCACCAAACAAAGCUCUCUCAGAUGCUGUGGAGGCACGACAAGAAAUUGAUUUACGCAUCGGUGCCGUUUUCUCUCGAUUUCAAACCAUAAAAUUUCGUGAUUCCUUUAGUGGGAUGCCGCGAGUGUUGAGUUUCGGCACCUGUCAGAUCCCAACACUUGGUUUUCUCGUUCGCCGUCACUGGGAACAGAAGGGAUUCGUGCCGGAGGAUUACUUUACACUCUUUAUGCGGCAUGAACAGACCGUCUUCCAGAGCUGCCGCGGUGCUGUCUUUGAUCAAAUAGCCGCCACUUUGGUGUUGGAUGCGAUGUUGGAAAAGGCCGCCGCCGCACCAGAGGCGCAGGUGGUGGAUGUCAAUCAACGGCCCAACAAGAGACAACCGCCGGUUCCACUCGCAACCGUAAAACUACAGAAAUUAGCCGCCACACAUCUACGCAUUUCAUCUGAAAAGUGUAUGACAUGGGCAGAGUCGUUAUAUCAGGAGGGUUAUAUUUCUUAUCCACGUACUGAGACGGAUUCUUUUUCCUUUACAGAUGAUGAACUCAUAGAUAUUGCCACCAUUCAACAAGGAAAUCCAGAAGUCUCCGAUUACGUGGGGGCGAUGGUAAAUAACCGGGCACAGAAGUUUCGUCGUCCUCUUAAGGGAGGACAUGAUGAUAAGGCCCAUCCUCCUAUUUAUCCAACUAAACUAAUGCGAGUUGGUAGUGAUGAAAGAAGUGGAUUAUAUAACUUGAUUGUUCGUCAUUUCUUAGCAUGUAUCUCACCAGAUGCUGUGGCGGCUACCACAACUGUCACUGUACUUUUCGGGGGUGAGAAGUUCACUACAUCUGGUACAAUGAUUCUUGAGCGGGGUUGGUUGGAGGUUUACCCAUAUGAACGAUGGCACAGUACUUGUUUGCCGGUAUACAAACAAGGUGAACGUUUUAUUCCUACAGAGGUAAAUCUUGAGAAACAUCGAACAGCAGCUCCACCUAAUCUUACAGAAGCAAACCUUAUUGCACUCAUGGAUGAACAUGGUAUUGGAACAGAUGCUACUAUUGCACAACACAUUAAAACCGUACUUGAUAGAGAAUAUGUGAAACGUGAAGGUUCUACAUUAAUCCCAACACCAUUAGGUAUUGCACUUGCCUCAGCAUAUGAGGUAAUUGGUCUCCUUAGUCUUCUUCAACCACAACUUCGUGCACAAAUGGAACUUGCCAUGGCUGAUAUUGCUAGUGGUAAAGCCACAAAGGAUCAAGUUGUAGAUGCCACUGUACAUCUCUAUCGUGAAAUAUUUCAGAAAUUAUCUUCCAACACUCAAGAUAUGUAUAAUGAGUUGUGUUAUCAUCUCUCUCCAGCAAAUGCUUCAAGUUCUUCAACUAAUAACUAUGGAGCUGGUCGUGUAGUGCAACAAGGUUUAGUGCGAUGUGGAGUAUGUGGGAAUAUGAUGGAUUUGGUGGAACUUAUUGAAGGAGAUCGAGAAGUAUGGUUUACACGGUGUACCACAUGUACCAGUGAACAUCGUAUUCCUAAUGGUAGGCUUAACCAACUCAUUCCUCAUGAUCAGCGAUGCGUUCUUUGUGGUUUUGGUGUUCUUAAUGUGAAGAAUACGGAGAAACAAACAUCUUAUACAGUUUGUCCACACUGCUUUACAUCACCACCUCCUACUGUUGAUAUUGAGUCUUUUUCAGAAUUCCGCUGUUUUCAAUGCAUUGCCGAUUGUCCAUUAGCAAAAGGUCUUGAAAAUAUUCCCAUAACGAAAUGCAAAUCUUGUAUGGAUAAUGAUAUUCGUUUACGUACAACUACGAAUGGGGCCUUUUUAGGUUGUCGUGGAUUUCCGAAUUGCACAUAUUCCAUUACACUUCCACGUGCUAGACGAAUUCGUCCUGUUCCCACACUACGUUGUCCAUCUUGUCAGUCUGUCAUGCUUCAGUUUGAGUUUGUGGAGGUGCAGAAUGUCCCUGGAGUGGAAGAGGGAGAAACUGUCUGUGUUUUCUGCGAUGCCCGCCUGCAGGAAUACAUCACCGUGCGGGGCGGCGCCGCUGGGCGAAGUCUUCAUCCCACCGCCGCAGCAGCAGCGGGUCCACCAGCACAGCAACCAUCACGACUCCCUCCAUCCCAACAGCGUGGGGAGGAGCGAACACCAUACACAUUGCCGUCCGUGAGUCGGGCGAAGACAACUGGGCGAAGGAACAACAACGCGGGGGGAAAUACAUCAGGUACACUCUGCGCCUGUGGAGUCCCAGCGAAACAACUCGUAUCUGGUAAAGAGGCAUCGAGGGGUAAAAAGUUUCUUACGUGUGGGAGCAGAAAGUGUUCCUUCUUUCAGUGGAUUGAUGAAUAA